AUGGCCAUUGUACCCACUACACAGAGAGAGGCAUCUGAGUCAUACAAUGCUGAAGAAAGUACACCGCCGGUCAAUCCUCACAGAAUACGCCAUCAGAAUGAACCUGUGUCAUACACUAGCAAGAAGAACAUUGAGGAGGAGAUAGAUCGCUAUCAAGGGUCUGGUAACGAUGAAGAAAGUCCUAAAGUAAUGGCUAAGGACAAAUUACCUGACAUUGAUUCUGGUCAUCAAUUCACUCAAGAUUUACCUCCUAGCCAAGCUAUCUCAGCUCGAGAUACCAUUGAAUACUGUGGUGAUCAAUUGGAUAUCACUGGUGCUCCUUCCAAUAAAGCUAUUAUCGAAUCACCCGAGCAAGAAUUUUCCCAUGCACAAGGGUUUGACACUUUCUCUAAGUCGACGCUGCCACCUACCAGGGUAGAAAAUGGAAAACAGAAGAUUGGAGAAGGGACAACACUAUACACUCCUACCAAUAGGUUUGCACCUCUUACCCCAGGUGGUGGUGCCUACAGAGUAGUGGAAACACCUACAUCUGAGCCUAAAUUGUUCAGGUUAGUGGAGUCCCUGGCCUAUCUUGGUAAUACACAGAUUAAAAUAGCCUGGGUCAAAAACACUCCAGGAUUCCCAGGGUUUGUCCAUGGUUGUCUUUAUCAUGGACCUAGCAAGCCUACAGAAGUUAGCACUCAGCCACCUGCGCUCCUAGUUUUGCUCAUGACGAACCAGAAUAGCAGAGCUCUGAGAUACCUCCCUCAAGUCAUCCUGGUGAUACUCAGUGUGCAUACCCUGCUCCAUCCCACAAGUGUGGUGGUGAAGGAAAAUCAUCUGGGACUAAGCGUACCAAGAAGUGACUUUACUCAUUCAUUUACGAAUAAUUUAGCUAUGGCCGAAGACGAGCCUGUAGACCCAAAGAGAGAAUUUGAGGAGCGUUGCAAGGCACCAUGUACGCGCCCACUUAAAGAAUAUCAGGCAUGUUCUAAAAGGAUUCAAAGUGAUGAAGCUGGGCAGAAGCACUGUACUGGACAAUACUUUGAUUAUUGGAAUUGUGUGGACAGAUGUGUUGCUACUAAGCUCUUCUCUCAUCUUAAAUAA